GUCGACUUUCACGGCUUAACCGGAAAGGUAUCGUUCAAAGAAGGCGUUCGUUCGGGCGUUAAAAUGGAUUUAUUAAAGCUUAGACACCAGGAGCUCGACAAAGUAUGUAUGCCAUACCAGUCCUAUAGGGCUGCCAGUCCCCGAUACCCAGUCGGAGAAUUCACUAUCGAUUCCGGACUUAAUAUAACAAAACUUCACGCGUUUCGAGAGUUUGGUUACAAUAAUAUUACGCUCAAAGUCACUACCAUUGAGGUCGACUUUCACGGCUUAACCGGAAAGGUAUCGUUCAAAGAAGGCGUUCGUUCGGGCGUUAAAAUGGAUUUAUUAAAGCUUAGACACCAGGAGCUCGACAAAGUAUGUAUGCCAUACCAGUCCUAUAGGGCUGCCAGUCUCCGAUACCCAGUCGGAGAAUUCACUAUCGAUUCCGGACUUAAUAUAACAAAACUUCACGCGUUUCGAGAGUUUGGUUACAAUAAUAUUACGCUCAAAGUCACUACCAUUGAGUCGCCGCCUUAUAUCAAACUCCGCAAAACCAACGGCUCGGACGUCAUUAUAUACGAAGGCUUUUGCAUAGACUUACUCAACGCUAUCUCCAAGGAGUUGGGCUUUAACUACGAGCUAUAUCUGGUGCCGGAUAAAAGGUUCGGGGCCGAAAACGCCAGUAACCCGGGCCAGUGGAACGGAUUGGUACGGGAGCUCAUCCUAAAUAAAGCGGACUUAGCGGUGGCGCCGAUGACCAUAUCAUACGCUCGCGAGGAGGUUAUCGACUUCACGAAGCCGUUUAUGAAUCUGGGGAUAGGCAUCCUGUUCAAGAUACCCACCCAAAUGCCUACCCGCCUGUUCUCGUUCAUGAACCCCCUAGCGGUGGACAUAUGGCUGUAUGUGGUGGUCGCUUACAUCCUGGUCAGCUCCACCCUGUUCAUAGUGGCCCGGUUUAGUCCGUUUGAGUGGCAGAAUCCGCAUCCUUGCGAAAAGGUAUGUCCACUCGGCUUAUAA